UUUUCCCCUUCAACCUCUAUGGUCUGAGGCUCAGGUGGCUUCAUCUGAUCCUCUUAUUUUUUCUUCGAAAGAUCUGGACUUCUAUAAAGGCUUACUUCAUCACAUGAAAAUAUCCUCAACUAUUUUCUCAAGGUUUUCAAACAGAUAAGUGGGUUUUAGUUUAGUCAAGAUUUUUUUACAGAUUUCAGACAGAAAAACUGGAUAGAGAGAAGAUUAUAGGAAUAAAAUUUGUGGGUUUUUGAAAAAAAAAAUUUUUUUUUUUGAGGGUGAGAAAAGGAUUUUUCAGAGGUUUUGUGGAGAGUUAGGAACCUUGCUGUAGAAAAAACAGGAUCUUGAUCUUUCUGUUCGUGCUGUUCUUUCUUUUAAUUUUUUGAAAUUGUACAAAGAGAUAGAGAAUAUGAAGAUUCAGUGCAACGUUUGUGAGGCGGCGGAGGCGAACGUGCUUUGCUGCGCCGACGAGGCUGCGUUGUGUUGGGCGUGCGACGAGAAGGUUCAUGCGGCCAACAAGCUAGCCAGCAAGCACCAGAGGGUUCCUCUCGCUGGCUCUUCCCCUCAGAUGCCUAAAUGCGACAUUUGUCAGGACACAGCUGGCUUUUUCUUUUGUCUAGAAGAUCGCGCUUUACUCUGCAGGAAAUGUGAUUUUGCUAUUCACACAGCAAAUGCCUAUGUAUCUGCUCAUCAGAGAUUUCUGUUAACCGGAGUAAAAGUUGGUCUAGCACCUACUGACCCUGGUGCAUCCUCUUCUUCAGGAAAGUUACAUUCGGGUGAAAAAACCUCCGAAACAAUACAUCAUUCUGUUUCUAGAAGAGGAACGCCCCUGUCCUUGGCUUGUCCAAGCAAUGAAGUUUUGCCUGAACAGGUUCGUGGAUGGGAGUUUGAACCUUCUAAUGUAUCAUUUUCCACUGUUUCUGUGGCUGGAGGCAUCCCACAGUGGGAGAUGGAUGAAUUUCUUGGAUUAACUGAUUUUAGUCAAAACUAUGACAAUGUUGGUAAUGGAUCGUCUAAGGCUGAUUACAGCAAGCAUAGCGACUCUGACGGCUCUGCAAUCUUACGAUCAGCCGAGGAAGAAUUAGAUGAUGAUGACUGCCCAGGUCAGGUUCCCGACAGCUCCUGGGCCGUGCCUCAGAUCCCUUCUCCACCUACAGCCUCGGGGCUAUAUUGGCCUAAACGAGUCCAUAAUCAAUCUUAUAGUGGGGAUUUCGUGCCCGAUAUGUUCUGCUCAACCGCACAAAACCAUCACCAUAGUCGGCAGCAUGGUACCGGCACAAAACGGCAGCAUCUCUGAGAGUCUCUGCAAGCUUGGAACUCAACUCACUAUCUGGGUUUGAUCACAUUUGGUCUGAUUAAAAGGCCAUUGUAGUAAAGGUGGCAUACACAAUCUGCUACUAAAUUUGUCUGGGUUGUUUACACAUCAGAGCAGGGCUUUGCUGUUUCUGUUGCUACUCCUACUUGGGUUGGGUCUUUAAGAUGAAACUGUAGAUACUUCAGCUUUUCGAUUAGAUCAGAAUAGUUGAAAUAUUAGAUUCUUCAAUCAAUAAUUUACGUGAGAAAUUUGAAUUCUGUAUAAGCAAGCAAAUUUGUUCAAAAACGUAGCCUGAUUGUUUACUA